AUGGAGAAGAUGGAACUGGUUGAUUUUUUGAAGAGUAAUGUAGAUGUCUUUGCUCGGAGUGUUUAUGAUGCGUCGGGAAUUGACCCUGAGUUUAUUUCUCAUCAACUGAAUGUAAACCCUGGGGCUAUAUCCAGGAGGCAACCACCUCGACACUUUUCAAAGGAGCAUGCCGAGGUAGUAAGAGAAGAGGUCAAUAAACUGAAACAAGCAAGGGCAAUUAAGGAAGCCUUCUAUCCUAAAUGGUUGGCCAAUGCUGUGGUGAUAAGGAAGAAGAAUGGGAAGUGGCGCACAUGCGUGGAUUUCAAGGAUUUGAACAAAAUUGGGAGAAACAUUGUAGCAUAUAUUGAUGAUUUUGUGGUCAAAAGUAAACAGGUCUUGAAGCACUUGAAGGAUUUAAAGGAGGAAAUAGAGGUUAACCCUGAUCAGAUCAAGGCUAUUACAGAUUUGCAUCCUCCUCGGAAUCCCAAGGAAGCAUUACUACGGAAGUCCAACUAUACGGGAAGAAUUGCUAAGUGGGGGACCAUGCCCGGGGCCUUCGAUAUUAAGUACUUGCCCCAUGUUAUUGUAAAGGAGCAAGUUUUAGCAGACUUCGUUGCAGAGUUUAUUGAGGAUGUUGCGAGGGAUAAGGACUUAGGAUCAGGUGCUUUGGUGGUUUCAAUCUCUUCUCUUGCUGCUUAG